AUGGCUGGUGUCCACAACAGGGGACUUCUCAAAGGCCCGACCCGGACCGGGUACGAUCGAACACGUGAUGGGGCUGCGGCAUCGAUUCCUUCCAAGUAUGAGACACUGCUGCUGGAUGGAGCACGGGAGGCGGAUGGGUUCAACUCGCGCUCGUUGCGCUUUGCUGAACUGGCCACAGAUGGCCCGCCGACCUUGGCCUACUCGGCCCACGCCUCGCUCGAGUCGGCUUCGCCUUCCAUCGGCGCAAAGGGCUACACCGGCGGCUUUGUCUCGCGGACUCGUCGCUUUGGCCGCGACUUUUCCGGCCGGACUCUUGCCCCCGGGCCCGGUGCCUACGAUGUGGAUGGCGCGGCUCGGAGGCUGGCCGCAAAGCGCGGGAGCCCGGCCUCGGCCGCUUUUGCUCCACGCCUGGCCGUCUUGCGGACCGACGAGCUGCGCGCUCGCAGAUCACCGCAGCCAGGGCCGGGCGCGUACUCGGUGGACCUUCCCGAGCCGCGGUACAAGAAGAAGACAAGCGCAGCCUUUUCCCGCCCGGUGGGCCAGCGGCUCACUCCGUCUGGGUUCGAGGUCCCGGGCCCAGGCGCGUACAAGCCAGAGGCUCCGCAUCAGGCUCCGCGCAAGCCGUUGCCAUCGGCCGCCUUUGCCUCGGCCACGACCCGCUCGCCCGCGACUGCUGCGCCCUCAGCCGCUGCUUCGUUGUCAACUGCUGGCGCGUUGCAGUCGGCGUCGCCGCCGCCGCCCGGCCCGGGCUCGUACGACCCGUAUCCCGAGGACACUGCGGCUGCUCGUGAUGCCCGUGCUCACGCUGUCCGGCUUGUCGGCAGCCACGCCCUUGCUGCUCCUGUGGCCAAGCCUGUUCCCGGCUCGUCGCUCAAGCCGCACUUCCUCCACGACACCCGGGUCCGCUACUCGUCGCCGGCUGCCGCCGCCGCCGCUGCCCGUGCAGGCGUCACACCAGGCCCUGGUGAGUACGAGAUUGGUGAUAUCGGCAAGGUCUCCAAGUACUUUAACCCACGCGCCGGCACCCAGCACCCGCCCACCCUUGACAGCUCGUUGAUCUUUGCCGAUUCUGCGAGUGCACCCGGGGUCCUACCCGCGCCCAUUGCCACUGGCCGCUCACGCCCGCUCUCCCUUGCCGAGCGGCGAGUCCAGCUCCGGCGGUCAGCGCCGCGCCCAGCCGGCAAUCUACCCGCGGCGUUCGAGCGCAAGUUUGCACCAGCCGAGGCGAUGGUCGCGGCGAGCGAGCUGAUGGCGAGUGCGGCCGCGGCGUUUGAGGUGGCCGAGUCUGAUCUGGUGGCGGUGACGAUGAGCCACGCUGCGCUCAACCACCGCGAUGUGUGGAUCAUGGACGGCAUGUACCCUGGCAUUGUUCCUGGCUCAGUCCUCGGCGCUGACGGAGCCGGGCUUGUGACCAACGCCGACGGCGAGGCGGAGUCUACUCGUGUGGUCAUCGAGCCAGGCGCCGGGUGGGCUUCGGCGCGAGCCGGGCCGACCGAUGGACCGUACCGCAUCCUCGGCCUGCUCCCGCUCCCGGGCACGCUCGCCAGCACGGUGUACGUGCCACAGCGGAUGCUCCACCCUGUCCCGCCGCACCUCUCCAUGUCCGCUGCCGCUGCUCUUCCGCUGGCGGGCGUGACCGCGUGGCGGGCGGUGGCGACCAAGGCCGGCCUUAUCCCGCCCGGCGGGUCUUCGGCUGCGACUUGGUCGCCGCCGGCUGGCGAGGCCAAGCGGGUCCUUGUUACCGGCGCAGGCGGCGGAGUGGCCCAGAUGGCGGUUCUCUUUGCCGUCGCCGCCGGGCACUCGGUCUGGGUCUCGUCGUCGAGCCAGGCCAAAAUCGAUGCGGCGGUGGCGGAGCUCGGGGCAGCCGGAGGCGUGCUCUACACCGAGCCCGAGUGGGCAGCGGAGCUGGUGGAGACGGCGGGUGGGAAGCCUUUUGAUGUGGUCAUCGAUGGCGCCGGUGGUGAGGGCCUCAAUGACUGCAUCCGGACCGUCCUCGGCGUCGGCGGAGUGCUGGUCCACUACGGCGCGACUGCCGGCCGGCCGCGGUCGCUGGACACGGUCAGGCUCUUCCUCAAGCAGAUCGAACUCCGGGGGACAACCAUGGGCUCGUCCGCCGAGUUUGCAGACAUGCUCGCCUUUGUGGCCCAACACGCUAUCGUCCCGCCGGUCUCCUCGGUCACGCCGGUCACCGAGCUGCACUCGGCGUUUGCGACCAUGGCCGCCGGCGGGCAGAGCGGCAAGCUGGUUAUCGACCUCAGCCCCUGGACUGCACACAAGCUGUGAUGUGGAUGAUGUUAAUGAUACACGUCGAAGGAAUCAAAGGCGUACUGGG